AUGCUUCAAGGACAGAGACUUUAUCUGAACUCCCUUGUGUCCGGAGGCCUAGGCUUCAUCACUUUUGGCUGGGAUGCAGGCGUUCUGGGGGGAGUCCUCUUGACUCCAUCGUUCCAGAGUGCUAUGGGCAAGUACCCAAGCGUCACGACAAUUACCAUGAUUGCAUCGGUGUUCCUUCUGGCGUCGUGGUUAGGCUGUAUCAUCGUCUCCAUUGCUGGCAUGAUGAUGGGACGGAGAAUGUGGAUCAUUGCUGGCAGCAUCACUCAGAUUCUGGGCUCGAUCGUGUCUGUUUCGAGUUUCGGCUACGGCCAGUUAAUCGCUGGGAGGGUGCUGGUUGGCAUCGGCAACGGCUUCUUGACAUCUAUGAUCCCAGUUUACGUCGCCGAGAUGGCUGUUCGGAAAGAAGAUCGCGGUCGCGGUGUAAACGCCAUGAUUGCAUGUGCCUCUGCUGGCACCGCACUGGCAUACUGGACCGAUUUUGGCAUGGUCUUCAGGACUGGACAGGUUGUCUGGCGGUUCCCAGUAGCCUUCCAAAUCUUCUGGGCUCUUUUGACUAUUGGCACGAUCUACUUCAAUCCAGACACCCCUCGCUACUACUACGCGAAGUCGCUUCACACCGAAGCGGACGCACUGCUCUGCCGUCUCUAUGCCACUGAGAUAUCAGAUCCAGUCGUCGACGAAGCAAGGAAAGACAUUCUUGCAUCUCUAGAGCUCGAACGCGCCUCUACCGCCAGUCUGCGCAUCAAAGACUUCUUCUGGGACACCUCAGACGUGCAAGCCGCACGCCGCAUUCGCACAGGUGUCAUCCUAGUCGGCCUCGCUUACCUCAUCGGCACGAACAUGAUCUUCUACUAUAUGACCGUCAUAUUUCAAUCGUACAUUGGUCUCGCGCCACUCACAGCCUCAGGCCUCUCUGGCGCGGCUUGCACAAUCCUGGCGAUCGCCAACUUUGUGGGUGUCGCGUUCAUGGAGAAGCUUGGGAGAAGGACAUGGCUUAUGGCCGGCGCGGUCGGUUUAAGUAUCUUCAUGGCGGCGUUUAUCGGCUGCCUGGCGAACCCGGGCACAAAGACUGGCGCUGCGGCCGCCGCCAUGUUAUUCUUGUGGAUUGUUUGUUUUGCACCUACGUGGGGUCCUGUUACCUAUGUCUAUGCCUCCGAGAUUAUGCCACUCCGCUACCGUCAUCUCGGCUUCGCGCUCUCUAUCUCAAGUCAAUGGAUCAUGGCUUUCAUCACCGUCUUUGCUGGGCCAAUCGCUAUUGCCGAUCCCAAGGUCGGCUGGAAGACGUGGUUCUGGUUCUUGGUGUUCAGCAUUGCCGCAGUGCCCUACGUCUACUUCUGCUGUCCGGAAACCCGCGGUCGUAGCCUUGAGGAGAUUGAUCUUAUCUUCAUGUCUGAGAGUGCUCGAGGAAGCGCAGCGGCCAGGCAACUAGAACAUGGUGAUGUUGUCAGCUUCGGUGACUUGGAGACUCCGCCGUCGAUGGAAAAGACGAACAAGCGUAUUGUUGUGGAAGAAGGUGUUAGUGAUCAGCCACAACUACGGGCAUAA